GCCUCCAGGGUGUACUUGCAUGUAUGCACAUACUGCUACAUAGUACUGUAGUUCAGUUUUAAGACUAUAUACCUUCCUACAGUACUAAACUCAGGUCAGUAUGUGCUAAUUAGGCACACACUGAUAGGUUUAGCUACAUACUCUUUCAUUAUUUACGUCCAUUAAAGGUCUACUGUACCGUAUUUCGUACGGCCAUUAAGGAUAUGCCACACUCAACAAGGAAUUUCUUUAUUAUGUCAUACAUACAGCCAUUAAGGAACUCCCUUCGACUCAUGGGGGGCCCCCCGAAUCUGGUCCCCGACAUGUUUGAGCUGCAGCUGAGUUUCAGCAUCACCAACUACCUCCACAAGCUGAAGAAGCAGGCCAAGAUGGAGAGCGAGCGGGUCGUCUCUGCCAUCUCGCAGAACAGGACCAACGACGCUCACAAACGAUCCAACGGAAUAGUUGACUUAGGUGACGGCAUCAGUAUAGCCAUUGGAUCAACUCAGGAGGGUGAGCGUGUUCAGGGGUUUCGGAAUCCAUUUGACAUUGUGCGGUCGUCACUCCUCGAGCAAGUCAGGUCCAUGAGGACCAACUUUCUGCAGGUCUCUUCCUCGACUGCCCUCAACGUGAUCGAAGAAGUUGCACGUCAUCAAGUACCCAUCAGCCAGAUGGGCAACUAUCAGGAACACCUCAAAAAACUGAAUCCACUCCGAGAGGUUGACUCUGGAGCCGUACGAACCCAGCUCUUCGGAAACCCCUUCAAGCUUGAGAAGAAAGGAUCUGGUCAAGACUUGGAGAUUUCGCUGGCCGACGAGCACAUGGUGGAGACACUGGGAAGUCGGCGAUCGUCCGGGAGGAGGCGAAAUCCUCGCUCUCCGUCCCCGGUCCCUUCUCCCCGCUCUCCCUCCCUCCCCUCCUCCCCCAUCCCCUCACCCACUCCCUCCCUCACCAAUCACAACAAACACAGUGUUCAUAAGAAUUGGAGUUUACCUGAAGAAGAACCAAAUGGAAGCAGAAAACUUCCCACCAAAGACGCAAAAACGCCAAAGGUUGAACCUGGUAAAGAAGGGGUUAAUCACCCGAAUGCCGAAUCCAUGGAAAGCGGAGCAGGGUCGAAAGGUCAAACCAAUGGUAGCGAGUAGUACGAAAUCUCUAACCAACAGCUCUACGGACCAGCAGAGUUCAGUGAACAACAGUUUCCCCCAUCGAAAACGAGAGAGAACUCCUUCCCCCACCCCUUCUCUGCCAGGUCCGAAGAGACGUGCCAAGAGUCCUUCAUACCCUCUUGUUAACUCCACUGCAAACGACACGUCAACGGGCCAACCGUCCAAUCAAAAAGCUCCGCAGGUCUCGAACAAACCCCCGCUGAGCGGCACAAACAGCUCGCUGAAGCUGCCCCCUGCCGUCAGACUGGUAAAACCGGAAAUGUCGUCGGCGUCGAAGGUGCUAACGGAGGAGAUUCAGAAACAGCAGGGACAAGAGAAUGCCAGGCUGAGGAUCCUCAUCUUCAAGGAGGUCAAGAAACAGGGCAAAAACUACUCUCCACAGACCCUAUUCCAGUAUCUCGAAGGGGUCAAAGGAUCCGUUGAGGUCAGACGUGGCUUCGUACAGGACGUCAUCAGAGAAGCCACCAAAUUCAAGCGGAAGCCACUAAUUCAGCAGCUAGAAGAAUGGGCAGAGAGACUACCAUCCUUCAAGACGGCAUCUGGCGGGGGAGCACUCAAACCUAAGCCAAGGACGACAGACAAGAGAUAGUGGUGACCAGUGCCCCACCAGUGUCAUCUAUGAUCAAGCCACUUGUAAUAUAUAAUGUGAAUAUCAUAUGCAUACACAUGCAUUACCGGCAUUGCACACACUACAUGCAAUCACACCCCUCACCGGUCUUUUAAAAAAGAUUUUAUGUAUAUAUACAACUGAAAAAUGAGCG